UUGAUUGUGUGGUUAUAUUUAUGACAUGGAUAUGUCUGGUGCUAUAUUUUCGUCUUUAGCUGUAUCUAUUCAUUUCUAAAAUAUUUGUACAAUAGCAGAUGGUGCCAAGUCCUUUUAUAAAAGUUUUAAUGAUUUUUGGCCUCUCAAGAGGUCUUGCUUCCCAAACUCUGAAUGCCAUGACUCCCGGAAAUGUGUCGGGAAUACAUUCUGUGGCGUAUGUCACAGUGCCUACAGAUGAAAUUGCCAAAAAACUUGCUCAUGGAUUGGUAGAAAAUAAGCUAGCCGCUUGUGUCAACAUAAUACCGCAAGUAACUUCUGUGUAUGAAUGGAAAAACAAGAUUAAUGAAGAUAAUGAGCUGCUGCUGAUGAUAAAAACAAGAACAGAAAGUGUGGAUGCUCUUACCAAAUAUGUCAAGGAAAAUCAUCCUUACGAAGUCUGCGAAGUCAUAUCUCUACCUAUCCAAAACGGUAACAAGCAGUAUUUAAAUUGGAUUAGCGACACUGUACCUCCAAUCAAAAAGGAAAGUGACACCAAAAAUUAAAAAGAUAAGCAUCAAUAAUUGCGUUUUUCUAUUUCUUCUUUUAUAUUAAUUAGUAGCGUUUCGUUCGUGCUGCACGCGGUACUAUCGCAAAGGGAGCCUUAUUGCGGAACAUGGAUUUUGAAUUACUUAUGUAAUUAAUAUUUGACAUCGAAACGUUAUGUGAAACAUUAUUUUAAUGAAUAAAUCAAAAUUAGGGUCUACCAAAAGGUA